AUGUCUGUCCCGAGCAGACUGUUCUCGCAAGGCUUGCACAUCCGCCAAUCGACCCUACCGCCGGCCUUCCUCCUCCCGUCUCUCUUCACCUCUUCAUUCUCGACAACAAGCCCAGCAUCUGCUCGUCGUGACGGCAACAGAAACAGAGGUGUAUCUGCGAUUCGUCGCACUGGUCUCCGCCCUCGUCAGACCCUCUCCGUCAAGCCCGAGGACUUGCCCAAGCCCGUCACCGACAGCAAACAGCGUUCCCAGGUCGAUGUAGAUCCCGAUCACGGCCUAUGGGGUUUCUUCAACCGCGACAGAUAUCCUUUUGCAACCCCCGAUUAUGACAAUAGCCACGGCCGAGCAUGGACAAUCGUGGAGUUGAGAGCGAAGGACUUUGAGGACUUGCACAAGUUGUGGUGGGUCUGCGUCCGGGAAAGGAACAGACUCUGUACCGAGAGACAUGAAAGAAAGAAAGCAGAUGCCGGUUACGGUGAUUGGGAGUCUGAAGAGAGAGAAAUCCAGGUAGGCCGAAUGUGCCCAUCAAGAAAUACAACUCUAAUAGCGUCUCAANNGGUCAAACUCACUCAAAGGGCAAUCAAGCACGUUCUGACCGAGCGCUGGUACGCCUGGGAGGAUGCUCGCACACUUGCUGAGUCGGACUCCAGCGUCAACCUCUACGCCCAAGAGGGCGAGCCGUCGUACACGCCCGAGAAGGUGGAAUUCAUGGUACGUUACGUGNNACAUCCAAGUCAUGUGAAAUUGACUAACAGUAUAUGUGUGCAGGAGUACGAAGAGUCCCAAUCAGCACAGCAAGACGAGCAAUUGCCUCUACCAGACGCCCAAUCACAAGUCGUGCCUGAGCAGGCCAAGGCACAGCAAGAGACGCGGGUGUAG